CUGGUAUCCAACUAACCCAAGCUUGUUUCGGUGUAGCGACUAUCUCCUCAGACGGAGAUAACACGCCAUUAUUAUUCAGGCCUUCUGCCUAAGACUGGUCAGUUCUGCCUAGUUCAAUAUCGAAUCUGGAUGAUUAUUUAUACUGCCAACUGAUACAAGAAACAGGCAACUUCACCGAAUUCCUCCCCCUCCUCUCCCUCAUCAAGGAGCGAUACACCCCGGCCACCCUGCCCUAUCAUUUCAUCGUGCCCUCGCUGCCCGGAUAUACGUUCUCCUCAGGGCCCCCAACAGACAGGGACUUCGGGACCGAGGACAUCGCCAAGGUGAUCAACCAGGUUAUGGUCAACUUGGGUUUUGAAUCCUACGUCGCACAGGCGGGUGAUAUCGGGUCCAAGGUUGCGCGUAUCUUGGCGGUUGAUUAUGAGGCUUGUAAGGUAAACGCCUGCUUUGUCCAAAAACCCGCCUCCGUCGCCGACUCCGAGCUUUCGGAGUCCGAGACCCAGAAUCUGCAACGUGCGCAGUGGUUCGCGCUCUGGGGAUCGGGAUAUUUCGUUGAGCAGGGAACCCGCACUAGCACGAUUGGUAAUGCUAUUGCGACGAACCCGGUGGCGUUGUUGGCUUGGAUCGGCGAGAAAUUCCUCGACUGGGUAGACGAUCGGGAUCCGCUUCCCCUCGAAACGAUCCUCAAGUCGGUGACGUUAUACUGGCUGACAGGGACGCUGCCGCGGUCGAUCUAUACGUAUAGAGAGGCCUUCCCACCCCCACCGGUCCUCCACGCCAUGGACCCAAGAUGGUAUAUCCAGAAACCAUUUGGAUACUCAUACUUCCCUAGGGAGUUGAUCCCUGCCCCGAAAGCGUGGGUCGCUACGACGGGGAACUUGGUGUUUUGCAUUUAUCAUGAAAAGGGAGGACACUUUGCGGCACUUGAAAGGCCCAAGGAUCUGCUUGAUGACGUUUUGGCGUUUGUGGAGCAGGUUAAGGGAGAUUUGCUUAGGGCAGGGAGUAGGUGGUAG